UUCGUCUCGUUUUGGUUUUGCCACCAGUUGUGUUUUCGAUUGCUCUGCGUGCUGGUCGCUCCUCCAAAAGUCUCCGAUUCUACGAUUCUACAAUUCUUCGCGCCUACUCCAACUCCUAUUCAUCCGCCUGUUUUGAUUGUUUGUUUUCCUCGCUGCACUUUUUGCGCGCGCGCAACCGCCGAUAAACAGAGAAAAAUUAGGAGGAAAUCUGAAAGUGCAAUUUCAAUAGACGAUCCCGUGAAUGUGUCGCAAUUGAAACAUUUAUUUUCGUCUCUUUUUUUUUUUGUAAAAUUUUGUUCUGUUAAGUGUUAAAACGCAUCUUUGCAGCCAACGCCAAAUAAACAUUUGAUCAAAAUGCAGCAGAAAGUUGAAGAGAAAAUCGAUCCCCUGACACGCAUCCAGGAGGAGAUCAAGGAGGUGGUGCGCCGCGAGGAGGAGUACCGCCAGCUGGCCACGCUCUCCUCCAGCACCACCACGACCCUCACUUCCCCCUCCGCAGCGGUGGAGUUCGAGGCGUACACGGUCAAUGGCAAUGGCCUUGACUUUGGCCAGAAACUGGACCGGGAGCAGGAGCAGGAGCAGGAUCAGGAUCAGGAUCAGCAUAACGAACACGAGCAGGAUCAGGACCAUGAGCUGGGCGUACUGGUCACGGCACAGCCGGCCACCACAUCGCUGCUGCUGCCCAUCGACGAGCUGUCGAACACACCAUCGCUGGCCUCCAGCGUGAACAGCGGCAAGGAGGAGAGUCUGGAUGGCCAGCACUCGGAUGACUCGGGCAUUUCGGCCUCCUCGCAGUGCAACAACAACCUCAUGGCCACGGGCGGCGGCAAUGCGGCCAAGCAGCCGCUGAAACUCACGGUGGUGGCACGCCAGGAGCAGCGCUACAUUGGACCCAAUUGCUACAAUCUGACCCCAGAGCCGCCGCAGCAAAAGCUGAUCACUCGCACCAUUUCGACGCCCCAGCUGAGCGGUCUGCCGCAGAAGCGACAGUUUGCCUUCGGUGGCGCCACCAAGGGUGUGAUGCAGCGGUUCAUAGCCUCGCAUGGCAAGCUGGCACCCACCAGCCCCCUGCCGCCCGCCUCUCCUAUGGCCUUGAGCUUGAAUUUGGCCACCAAUGGUAAUGGUUAUGGCAAUGGUUCUGCUAGUACCAUCAACAUCAACAUCAACAACAACAGCAACAGCCAGAGCAACACCCUCAAGCUGAACACCCGCACGGCAAUGGCCUUCCUGGAGUCGGGCGGUGGGUCGAGCGCCUCCUCGGUGACCUUGUCGCCGGCGGCCAUCGAGCGGGACUCGGAGGGCAGGCCGCUGCGACGGGGCUAUGUGCCCGUCGAGCAGAAGAUCCAGCGCGAGCUGCAGGACCUCAAGUCGCGCGAAUCGGAGCUGAAGCGCCUGCGCAAGAUCAACAGGCAGAACACCCUGAAGGCCUCCCUCGACAAGCUGCAACUCAGCACAGACGACGAGGCCGAUGCGGAUGACGAUGAUGACGAGGACUCCGAGGUGGAGCAUUGCUACGGACCCGGAAAACUGCGCAGCGCCCAAUCCACACAGGAGCUCGAUCGAAAUGGAAACGAGCAGGAGAUCGUCCACAAGUCCACGGGCAAUCGCAGCCUGAAUGCGACCGCCUACAUGGCCAAUGGAUUCAGCAACGGCAACGGCAAUGGCAACGCCAAUGGCAACGGAAUGCGGCCAGCGAUGUCGUUGGCCCAGCUCUGUGAUCUGACGCCCGAGGAGGCGCCCUCGUCGAGGGGCCUGAUCGCCCAGUGGGAGAGCCUGAUCAAAAAGAAUGCCGAGGUCGGUGCGGUCGAGGCGAUCAUCUAAGGAUAUCCCAAAAAAAAAAAAACAUAUAAAAAUAAAAAUAAAAACACACACACACACACACACCAACGAUCUGGUGCAGAGCAGACCAAAUUAUUAUUGUAGUGUCCACACUAAUGUACUUGAUCUGGAUCCUCCCAUUCAAACAAGUCCUCCCACUCGUCCCUUUCCUCCUGCGAAAGCUGCUUAUCAACGAAUUAAUCUUAACGCCAACCGAUGGGAAUUGAAAUUAUAACCGAAUUGAAUUGCCUGUACUUAAAGCGUAAUUAAUUGUGUAAUUUAUAAUAUGUGUACGCGUACGUGAACUGUUCGAUAACUCUGUUGUAUAUAUAAUUCUUCGCGUUUCCAGUGCGAGUACAGUCGACUUGCUUAUAAUUUAUUACAAAUCAACUAUAUAUAUACCUUAUAUUAAUAUAUGUA